UCCAAAAUAAAACAGAGGAAGCUCCCAAGUCACAAGACUCAUUAGGUUUCAUAGUUCGAUGAAAUGUCUCCUCUCUAUGAUCUUAAAAUCAAUAUCAGUGGCCAAUUCACCUUCUUACUCAAUCAGGAUGUUAUUUCAGAGUACUGUGGAAGCUUGCUGAAGAUAAUAAAGCAUACCAAAAAGAAGAGAAACAAGACAAUGAAAUCUCCAGAUAUUAUCACUAUCGAGAUUGAUGAUUUUCCAGGUGGACCAGAUGGGUUUGAGCUGGUUUCAAGAUUCUGUUACAACAACGGAGGAAUCUCAAUCGAUGUCUCAAAUGUCUCGACUUUAUACUGUUGCUCUGUUUUCUUAGGCAUGACAGAGAAGUUCUGUUUCUCUAAUCUCUUGCUUCAGACGGAGAAGUUUCUUGAAGAAAUGUUCUCCAGGUCUUGGAACGACAUCGUUCUGUGUCUCAAGAACUGCGAGCAAGUGUUCCUCCACGCAGAUUCGUAUGGUCUCCUGGAUAAACUCGUUUUCGCAGCUGUGACCAAAAUCUCUCGAAAUUCAGAAGCUUGUUCCUCUUCGCCGUCUUCUUCCUUUGCCUCUUCUCUUUCUCCUGAGACGGCCAAGAACACGCCGGAAUCAGACAAAAGGUCGAAUUUGCGAACUGUUUCUUGCGGAAGAAGCAACGAGUGGUGGUUUGACGAUUUGUCGAGUCUCUCCCCGAGGAUCAUCUUGAAGCUAAUAAGGAUCAUUGGAGCUUACAAAACCAACAUAAAAAGAAUAGUGCUAACCAGAUUUCUUCUCCAUUACCUCAAGACAAAACUCCAAACCAAAUCAGAGCUUGUGAGGAACAAGAUAGAGUAUUCCGAUUUAGCUGAUGCAGCUGUUAAAGGAGUGAUUUUGGCUGGGGAAACUGCGUUUUCUUGCAGGAAACUCUUCUGGGUUCUUCGGGUCUUAUCGAAUUUCAGGCUCAGUAAAGGGUCAAGCACCGGUUUAGAAACCCUAAUCGGAGAAAUACUGGAUCAAGCAACACUUGAUGAUCUUCUGAUAUCUGCAGGAGGAGGACGCAGAGAGAGUGGAUUCUACAAUGUGGAACUUGUGAUAAGGUUACUAAGAGUGUUUGUGAAUAAGAGAGAAGAAGAUUCAAGAGAGAAGAACAUGAAAGAUAUUGGGAAAUUGAUUGACAAGUAUUUGAGAGAGAUAUCUCCAGAUCAGAAUUUGAAAGUAUCCAAGUUCCUUGGAGUUGCAGAGAGUUUGCCAGAUUCAGCUAGAGAUUGCUUUGAUGGAGUCUACAGAGCCAUUGACAUCUAUCUACAGUCUCAUCCGAAUCUAACAUCCGAAGAACGAACAAAGAUUUGUCGAUGUCUCAAUUACAAGAAACUAACAUUGGAGACCUGCAAACAGCUCGCCAGAAACCCAAAGAUCCCUCCAGAUAUCGCCGUUCAAGCACUCAAGUCCAGAUGUGACAAUCAAGAACACAAAACUCCAGAUGUGAAAAUUGUAAGCAAGAGUGUGUCUCGUAGUCGUAGACAUUCACAAGAUAAGAAGCCUGUACUGUUGCAUCUCAAAGGCUUUGAGAUUUCAGCGAAAUUAGCCGAGGAGUUGAAGACUGAAGGAGGAUAUAACUGGAGGGUUAUGGAUAGUUUCAGAGAAGGGUUAUGAGGUCAAAAUCUUCCAAUUCAUCCCGCAAUCUCAUUUGCAUACCAGCGUUGUCCAGAGUCUUGAACAAAUCAUCAGAUUCGACACAUUUUUUAGUAUCGAAAGCUAUGAAUUCAUGGAGCUUACCUUUCACUUCGAUCCA